ACGGUUGAUCUGCAGGUGGAAACCUGAAGACAGACUGGCAGUAGAACCUAGGGAGGGAGCUGAACAACCUCCAGAAAUGAGCACUGAACUGGGAUCCCCGGUCUGACACAAUGUCCUUAGUAGUUGAAAAAUAUGUUGGACCAGAAGCUCAGCAGUGUCCUCAGAAGAGGGUAACUUAGUUAAGGAAGUAAAAUGGCCCUGUUUGUCUGGUGGUCUUAUUCUUUGUGUGCGGGGGGACAAAAUAAUGCACGUCUACGUCCACCAGACCACCACCAAAAAGGUCUCAGCAAGAAUACAUGGGUGUGUCAAGGGUGGCAGGUUAGACUGGAUGAAUAUCCACACUAAAAGGCAUGACCUGACCGAACCAGGACCAUAGAGACAGUUAGCAGACACACUUCUAGGACCAGUUUAUUUUUGCCAGGCCGGUUCAACCCUCUGCUUACUAUUGCAAUUUAAUUUUUCUACUGGUUGAUCCUGAGGCAGGUGCCUUAUGUUCUGGUAGCUUUUGUCACCAGCCAACCCCUGCUUCUAUAAGACCAACAUCUGUGGCUACGUAGCGGUAGCCUGACACUCUGCCACAGACACCAGAGAGUUAGCCUCUCUGAGCUGCUCGCUGAGCUAAUGUUACAACAAAGGUACCCCACAGAAACGCUUACAAACAGCCGUAAUUGUGAUCAAACUUCCAGCGAACUCUCUGUUUCCAGCGUGGACACGAAGAGUCUGACAGGAGCAGCUCAUGGUUAGCUCUGAUAGCAAUGACUACCGCCAGUUGCACUCCUGCUAUGGUGACUGGGGGGGGGGCGGCAUUGGAGCAGUUUAACUGAUGUUCAUUGAGGUCAGUUAACUAUGGCUUUCACCUGUGUAGGAUCCAUUGAGAAACCGGGCAAAGAGAACAACAGGUACAACUGUGAAUGCUGGCAAAAAUGGCAAUACUAGAUUCUCAUAUUGCUCAGUAGGGGUGUUGAAGGCCGUCUUCCAUUCAUCAUAAGCACACAGAUCAAGCUUGUAAAGAAUUGUGGCUCUCUAAGUAACAUUUACAUCAAGAUGGCGUCGCAUGUACAACGCAAGGCCCAGCGUCUAACUAGAUUCUGGGAAUUAGUCGUUAUGUGCCUUUUUGUUUCAGGACUUUUCACUCAGAACAGUCUUGCAUAUAUCUCCUACAGCCGACAGGAACUUUUGGACAUUCAAACUCAUAACCUGGACACUUUUAUUGGCAAUCUCCGGCACACACCAAAGAUCAUAAAGUGCUUCAAGAGGCUGGUCCUGGCUCACCUCAGAACCAGCCUACCACCCACACUGGACCCCCUCCAAUUUACCUACCACCAGAACAGGAGUACAGAAGACGCAUCUCUACAGCGCUACACUCCUGGCUAUCAAAAGUGGUCCAGUGGAAGUGGUCUAAACUUCCCUCUGAAUCUCUUUCCUUUGUCAAUAACCUCUGAUGUGUUGAUUAUAUAAUUUUAGUCUUGAAGUUGCAAAAAUGAUGCACAUCUGCACACUUGGCUGACUGGAAGACUGAAAAGGGAAAGAUUCUCCAAAAGUAAACUCAUAUUGUAAUCCAGACAAUAAUGAAUGUUUUUGUUUUUUUAGAGAAUGUGUUUUUACUGGUAUAAGCAGAUUGACUCUCUAGCGCAGCCCAACCCACCAAGAAGUGUAUAAAGUUCAGAGGAGGCGUUUGUCUUGUUCAGUUGGGAGGGCAGCAGCAGCCAUCUGGAGAUAUUGAUAUCUGUGAGAUACAAGUGAUCUUGGAUGUGUAAAUAUGAAAUUUAAUUUAUGUUCUAUACUGUGUGUUUAAUGUUGUUCUUUGAUUAUUGAUAUCUGCUUUCUUCUUUGUCAGAAGUGACUGAAAGGACAGUUAAGUUAUAAAAUGUGCUGAAAAGAAGAACUAGAUUUCACAAGCUUUUAAAAUGCUCUUGAACAGUUGUUUGCAUAAUAAUCCAUUAUCCAACUAAAUGAUGUUAUGACCAAAAUCCAUUUACCUUUGUUAUUUUGACCAGUGUGGUGAGACACACUGUUUUUGCAAACUGGUAUGCAGAUAUUAGUGUUGUGAGAUUUUGCUCAGUUGUUGGGGAAAUAACUUUCUGGUUGAAUAUUGUGCUGAGGAAUUAUUCAAAGGGAUAAUAAUCAGCACUAUUACUGAGCUAGUUUUGCUGCUAACAAAAGAAAGAAAUGGAGAACUCAACUGAGAUUGUGUCUUUUGUGCUGGCAGCCUAUGGUAAUAUUGGAGAGUUAAAAUACCUGUAUUUCAGUAUAAUGCUGUUAUGGUACCUCUCAAUAUGUGUGGCCAACACAGUUCUUAUUAUAGUCAUAUAUGUGGACAAAAGGUUGCAUGAGCCAAUGUACAUAUUACUAUGUAAUUUAUUUGUGAAUGAAAUCGGUGGCAGCACAUCACUGUAUCCUCUUAUGCUCUCACAGAUGUUUUCAGAUACCCAUGAAGUGACCCUGUCAUGGUGUUUUCUACAGAUGUGUUAUAUCUAUACAUGUGCUUCAGUUGAGUUUUGCAGUUUAGCAGCCAUGGCCUACGACAGAUAUGUCGCUAUCUGUUAUCCUUUACACUACAGUGUCAUUAUGAACACAGGGAGAGUCGGUAUGAUCAUUCUGCUUGUAUGGAUGUAUUCAUUUGUUAAUUUUAUAUUCUCAUUUUCAUUCGUCAUCCAUUUGAAGUUUUGUGGAAAUGUCAUUGACAAAGUGUUCUGUGAUCACCACUUAGUGAUUAAACUUGCAUGUUCAGCUUCAGCACUGAACAAAAUAUCUGACCUGCUGUUUGCCUUUGUGACCAUUGUUAUCCCAGUUAGUUUCAUUUCAGUCUCUUAUAUGAAGAUUUUGGCUGUUUGUCUGAAUACUUCUAAAGAAAACAAACAAAAAGCCGUCUCCACCUGCACACCUCAGAUUGUCUCUCUAUCAAACAUGUUUGUCGGCUGUAUUUUUCACUUUGUUGAUUCCAGGUUUGAUGUGGAUUAUUUACCGAAUAAAGUUCGCAUUAUUUUAUCUGUGUAUCUCCUCAUCGGCCAACCGAUGAUCACCCCCUUUAUGUAUGGAUUUAACCUACCAAAAAUAAGACAAUCCUGUAAUAGAUUUCUGUUUGAUCAAAAAAUAAAUAUUUAGAGCAAGGAUGACUAUCUCUGCUCUGUGGAAAAACAGAGUGUGUUUCAAAAUGUAUAGACAAGACAUCUGUGAAAAUUGCACACAUGUGUUUAUAAAAUGUGCAUAAAUUACAAAAAUGUGCAAAGCUGUUUUUGUGAUGUAGAUUUCUUUAUGCAUGGUACACUAUAAGGUUGCAGAGACUUUAAUAGACUGCAGUAGUGAUAAGCAACCACUCAUUUCUCUUCAUUCUUAAUAUUUCCCCCAUAUACAUUUUACAACAUAUUACACUGACGCCAAAUAUUACAGCCAGACACUGACCAAUGUGAAUAUAUAACAAUAUUAUUAUUGUAUCUUUGACCCUUAACUUUGACAAAUUUCUAAUUGAUUGUAUCACAAAAAAAAUGACACUGUCCCAGGUAACAACAAACAUUGCUCUAGUGCUCAAAAAAGUCACAGGCUGUCCUUAAAUGUACUAUUACUUUAUUACUACAAUAUGUCUAUGGCAGUGCUUUGUCACCUACAACCUAACUAUCAAAUAAGCAGAUUUGUAUACCUGUAGAGAUCAAAAAUAGUACGGGACAAAGUAGUUUGUAGCUUCCAGCAGCACCCAGAAUACGCUGCUGAAACACUCCUCUCCCCAGGCCGAAGUGUUGGUGGGUUUAUUUCAGAUUUCCAGAAAGUCGGUGGGAACUCGCACUGAAAUCUGUGACUGUAGGAAGGAACUUUCACUAGGCCUCUUGCAGGCUAAAGCUCUGAGGGUAAGGUCAGAGAUCAUGGAAACAUGGAGUUGCAGCCACACCACACUAACACUUAUCUUAGGAUAUUUGUGAAUCUAACAAAAUACUCUCUUCUGACAUAGUGACAACAUGCACAUACUUUCUAUGGUACCAUCUGUUUAAAAUGCAAACUGGUUUAGAGGAAUAAUGUGGUUCCCAAAACCUCAGAAGAUCUGUUAUUAUUUAUGGUGGUAUAAUGAGGUAAAUUAAAAACUAUAUGUAUUUCUACUUUUGGCCACGAGAGGUCAGUGUCAGACCACUCAUUGCAGUUUUUUGCAUUCAGGCACUUCUUCCAAUUGUUUUCAAAAACUACAAAGGAAGUGAUCAAAACUGCAAACACAUUCACUUAAUACUAUCAGGUUGUUUUCUCUAACCAUCACAUAGAAAACACACUGACUGAGUACAGAUUCGUACUCUCAAUAUUCUUUAACUUGCUCCUAAUGAAGAGAAAUCUGAUUAUUUAUUAUUGGCUCAUUCAUUGUGUGGAAAUAAGUAGAAGUACUAAACCUUUGACUCUAUUGAGUUUGAUGUUGCAUGUAAAAGAGAUUGUUUAUUAAAAAGCCUGUUGUUGGGAUGUGAAUUAAAUGAAUCUAUAUCCUGAUUUUAAUGAUUCGUUUUCACUUUAUCUAAUUUAAAGUAUUGCAUUCAGCCUUGAGAAGUCCUCUUCAUUAAAAGUGUUUUCUGGA